CCUUCUUGUUUUUCCACGCCUAGCUAGCUAAGCACGACAGGCUCCAGGCCUCCAGCGCAGCAAGCAACGCGACGCGGCGGCCGGCGGCAUUGGCUGCGACCGAUCUCCGCGCCGGAGCCGGAGGAGGGGGUCGAGGAUGUGCUGCGGCGACGGCGAGUGCCGGCCCCUGGGGUGGCUGCUGGGCCUGCCCUUCGCGCUCCUCGCCGUCAUCGUCUCCUUCGUCGGCGCCAUCAUCUGGAUCAUCGGGCUGCCCAUCUCGUGCAUCUGCCCGUGCUGCCUGUGCGUGACGCUGCUGCUGGAGGUGGCAGUGGAGCUCGUCAAGGCGCCGCUCCAUGUCAUGACCUGGUUCACCUCCAAGAUACCCUGCUGAUGAUCCCGUCCGUUCCAUUCCUCCACCACAGCUGCCAGCCUCGCUCGUGCUGGCCUUCGUAGUACAGGCAGCAGUAGUCAUCACCAGAUCGAUCAUCCUGCUUAGCCAGCCUCUCCGGUUCGCCACUCGUGUGCGUCCACAGAUUUCUCGCUGUAUACUCGUGUCAUCGUCAUCAUCGGUUGAUUUGAUUCGUCUUGAUA